ACGUAAAAUUUUACUGCAUAUAGCAUAUUAAAUGCCACUUCUAUACAACAAUGCUUGAGAAGAGUGUCUCUUUGUGUAAACAAAAUUUUAUUUUAUUAUUCUCUUUGUUAUUCUUUUCUACAAACUGUCAAGACGAUUGCUGGAUUAAGUUUGAUGCGAAAGAGCAUUUUGCAGUUGCAGAUGAAAUCGACGAACGUUACGCUGAAGUGAGACAAAACUUCCAAGCAGCAGUAGGGGGAAAUAAAUUUGACAAAGAAAUGCUAGACGCAAUGCUCAAAACGCGUGGUAUAGCUGAGCGCGCUGAACACAAAGCUUUUGUAGACCAGAGUCAGAUCCCGGCCGGUAUAAAUCUCGGAGGCAGCUGUAUGAUGAGAAUUCCUAAUGCUGUUCUAUUUUUCCAUCGAAUGAAGCUGCGUAACAAUACGAGGUUCAGAGUUGUCAAACUCGAGAGUAAUCUCACUACUUUAGAAUUGAAAGCCAGACUGAACCUUAAUGACCUUCAUUUGUUAGGUUCCUAUGACAUUAGCCACACACUGCAAGAAACGUCACAUCUGUUAUACUAUCCAUCAUUCGGUGAAGUAGAGUUUCUGUUAAAGAACGUAUCAUACGUAGUAGACGGCCACUAUCGUCUGUUAGACAAACAACUGAACUUAGAACUUGUGACAUCCGAAAUUUCUAUGGACGGUAUUAUGAUGACGUAUAAGGACCGGAAUUUUAGUAACAGCUUCAGUAUGGAAACCAAGAAUAUAGAGUCCUUCACAGAGCGGCUCCAAGUUGAUUUAGAUAAAUGGAUUAGAGACUACUUCAAUGAUUAUCUCGCAUACUUCAUUGUGGCUAAAGACAAUGAAUUUGAAAAAUACAACCAGGAGAAGACAACGGCUCUCAACAAUUACGCGGACAAAGUAAUAGACAUUAUAAAACAGAAAAUAUAUAAAAUACAAGCUCACGCCGUCCAACUACCGACGUUUACCAUCAAAACUCAAAGUGGCGGGGACAUUCGAUUGAGGGAUGGUGUACUGAGAGGCCUGGACAGUAUCUACCGACGUUCUAUAGCCACUGGCUCUAAAGAGAAUAACCUAAGACAUGUCGACGCCGUUGUGGGAUUCAGCAACUUGAAAUUACAAUAUAGAUACUACACUAUCUCUCAGUCGAGUUCACCUUCCGUCACCGGAGUGUUGACCCUCACAGCUGAUGAUUUAACAGCACUCAUGGAAUUGAAAUUAAUAAGGGAAUCUGAAUCCUCGGACAUCAGUUUCAGAUACCUCGAACAGACCAAGCCCGAGACCCUGACAGUGGAAGGUUCAGCUAAUAGGAUGAUUUCCAACUUCAAGUAUGUCCUCGAGCGUCACGUCGUCGCUAUCAUGACGAACACCCUGAUGCACAAUAUCAAUAUGCUCGGCACGCUGGACAAAUGCGUUCCAACAUUCGCGGCGUAUAAAGACCCAACCGAAAAACAAACGGGUAAUGAUUAUCCUUCAGAAGAAAAUAAAAUUUUGAAAGCUGAUGAGACCAGCGAGAAGACACAAACAAACAAAACAGAUGAUCCAGACGAUAGUAAUAGCGAAGAAAUAAAUAUAUCGGAAGAUGACAACGAUACAAAAGACCGUGACAAAAAACCGCAAGAGAAGGAAAAACCAGAGGAACAAAAUGUUGGAAAAAUAAACUCCGAUAAUACGAUAAAUAUUAGUUAUUCGCCUAAUAACUAUUACGAUAAAGAUUCCAAAGUAGAACCCUAUGCUAAAAAUCCAAAAAAGAAUAGCGAAGGUACAAGGGACCCAAAAUUAAACAAGAAGAAUAAUGUUACCCCAAAAAAGAAGAAAACUAAACACCCACAAAAUAAGAACAAUAAACGCCCAAAUAAGAAGAACAAUAAACGCCCAGUUAAGAAGAACAAUAAACGCCCAAAUAAGAAGUACAAUAAACGCCCAAAUAAGAAGAACAAUAAACGCCCAAAUAAGAAGAACAAUAAACGCUCAAAAAAGAAAAAGAAUAUACGAAAAAAGAAAUGGUGAAAUAAAAUGUUUUAAAAACUGUUUUAUUUUUAUUAGAUUUGAAACAAUUGAAAAAUCUUUCAGAUGCUAUAGUCAUUAAUUUUAUGAGACUUUUUAAACUUGUAUUAAUAGCAACUGGUAAUGGCGAGCAAUUGACAAUCACAUUGACAUUAUCUUUUGCUUUUUGUUUACACCUCUUUAACCAAUAAACUGUAAUAGUAGAAAAACGACAUAAAUAUCUUUCACAUAAAAGUGUAGUAAGUAUUUAAAUAUAUAAUAACAAUAUAUUUCAUCUGAUUUUGA